AUUAUUUUUCACCUGAAAAGUUUGAGAGGCAAGUUAUAAUUACGGAACCACCGUUUCUAAAAAUGUCUUCACUUGAUUAGGAUGUUCACUUUUAUUCUGGACGUCAAGGUCAGUAACAUCGAGACUAUUUUGCAAUAUUAAACACGUAUAUAUAUCGAUUUCAUCAGCCUCUGAAAAUUCUUCAAAAACAACACAGAGAUUGGCAUUCUCAGCUGACACAAUUGCGACAUCACAACACCAUCAUUUCCGUUUUGGUUGUGCACUGUAUUUGUCGGGGUUGAACAGAGGCCAGAUGAAGUGGUGUGAUGAAGUGGUGUGAUGUCUGUGGGCGUGUUAGGGUUAAAGCAGUUCAACUUGUGCCCACUUCCUCCAAGUUACUCCGAGUUGGAGAAUUUGCACUGGUGACAGACUAUGAAGACUAGAUUUUAUUCGGUUAAUAUGAGGUUGCUUUCUUAUAAGAUGUUCCUCCUUGUAUUCCUGUGUUGGAUUGGCAUUGCUGCUGCUGGUGUUGAUGAAGAUGAGAUUGAGUCGCGAGCUGUGUUUGAAGGAGGAAACCUCACCAUCUCUUUUCACAUUGAGGAGAGGGGUGAUCCUCAGGUUUUGGUGACCCAUCUCAGAGGCUCCUCACGGGAACCGAUAGCGCAGAUGAUCUGUCAUAACAGAGACUGUGAUAGGAAGUGCUGGAGAUCCGGAGAUUCUCUCACAUCUGAUGGACAGAAUAUAACUCUGAUCCUGAUGAACCUCAGCUACAAUCAAACCGGGCUUUACAAGGUCCUCCAACUGAGCAACGGACAUCAGGAAAUCAAGAUCUACAACAUCACAGUGUAUCAGCCUCCACUCAGGAGCAUCAGCCCUGAACAAGCAGCAUCUGCCGUGUACAGUAGUUCAUCAGUAACUGCAGGUGUAAGUGCAGCCGCAGCGGGCCUCGCUUUACUGCUCAUCAUAUGCGCUGUUAUUGGUGUCAUGUAUUGGAAACAUAGGAAGGCAGUGCAUCAGGAGAUACACACUGAAGCCAGCAGGUGGCAUAGAUCCCUAAGUGAUCAUGGAAGUUCCUUAUAGUUACUGCAUUACUGCAAGCUCAUGCAGUGCAGGACUAAGUUGAAUGAAAUAACAAGAAGGGUUGACUGUAAGGAAUCAAUGGUCAUUUCUCUCACUGAGGAGUGUAACCACUGGUGCUGUUUUACCAAGAGAUCCCAGGUGAUUCUGACACACCAGCUGUUAAUUAUAACAAUGCUUAUCUUUCCUUCAACUCCACAAGACAUUAGGUCAUGUUUGGCAUUUUAUGAUUUUUUAGGGGGCAUGAUAAUUAGGGCUCUGAAGAUUGUCCACCAGAUGGUGCCAAAGUUUAGAAAUAUUCUUUAAUCUAAUAAUUUAGCAUUAGUAUGAAUCGCCAAAUAACUGUUGCUUUUAAUUUUAGCACAAAUGUACACUAAAAUACCUCCUUUUUUAAAUAAUUUGUUUGCAAAGAAAAAGCACACAUUUCAUUUUGGCAUAUAAAGGCAUAUGAAUUGGUAGCUGGAUUAUUUAUUAUUGUUUAAGUAUUCAUACAGAUAAUAUAGCUCUUAUUGUAGCUGAUCUCAGUGAAGUAAGAGUCCAUUUCAUACACAUUAUUUAUUGCUGUCUUACUAUUUAAAGUUAUUUUUAUUUAUUUUUCUGUUCUCAUGUCAGAUGUAUGUAUGUACAGGAGCACCUUAAAAAAGGCACAACAAAUUCAUUGUGUGUUUGCGCACAUCUGGUGAAUAAAGCUAAUUCUGAUUCUGA